CCGAUCUUGAGAUUGAAGCUCCGGGACCUGGUCCAAGCGCCCGGUGUUUUUGUGGAUCCACUCACGGAAGGUACGUACCAGCUCUUAUCGCGUCGCGUCCCGUUGGCGUGUUUCUCUCCCACACACUCAAUAUCAUCAUCAUUGCCGCACCUCCGCUUCCCCCAAAAGUGCAAACUUGAGUCUCUGGGACAGCUCCAGGCUGGUCGCAGCCGCACCUCGAUCAUUUAUCCCGGAAGGGCCUUGACGCACAUAUUCCACACCGAAACAACACACAAUCAAACAAUGCCUCGCCCUAAACGAGCGCGUCGCGCGCCCGCACAAUCUGCGAAAGCUGCUGCACGAUCUCCCACACCCGAGGCUGAAGCCCCGAGCGACAACGAACUUCCCCGCCAGGUCAAGUCUCCGGAGAGAGGGCGAAGACGAACGACGCGAGCUUCUGGUGCCCGCCUUAGCGCGACUGACGAGCAGGCGGUUCUGGCUACGAGCCGACGUCGCGAUGCGGCGCUCGACAGGCUGGCCAAUGAGGACCCAACCUCUGCAAGUGGUAACAACGCUGCAGAUGAAGACUCGGGAAGCUCAGUCGAGGGUGGGCGACGAAUUACGGCCACGCCCACGAAUCGGAGGGACACGACGGGAUUGGAUCUGGCGGACAGCGUGUUUGGCGACCUCGAUGACAGCUUCGAUGACGAUGGCGAUGGCGAGCGAGGAGGAAUGCGCUCAACCGACACAUCAUCACUGAACCUGAGCAACUUCAAACGCAGACCGCGUCAAUCCAGUAUCAUCGGCCGAAACGACCCGCCAAUCAGACCAAGCAGUCGCGGCGGCAACACUCCCAGCAUCAGCUCGACGCUCCACUUCGGAGCCUUCAGACGACGCGCGCGAGAGCCGAGUAUCCUGGGGACCGCGCGGAAGCCCCGACCGGAAGAGGCUGGAGCAGGUCAAGAGCCUGAUUCGGAGAGCGAGGACGAGGAGGAGUUUCUGCCCGAGGCCGAGUCGACGCCGCUCAACAACAGACGGAGGACCCAACCUGAAUCCGAGCUCGAGGCUGAGCGUGAAGCUACUCCAGAGGCGUCGACGGGGCCGAGGCGUAGAAAGCGUAAGAGCGAGGAUGCGGUACCGAGUAGCGAUAGGCCGGAGAAGAUGUCGCGCGUUGAUGUGGAGCAAGAGGAAGAAGACCGAGAAGAGGAACAGCAGGAGGAGGAAGUAAGAGCUGCAAGCGAGAUCGAUCUUGUUGAUGAUAACGCAAGCGACUCUUCACUCUCUUCCCUCUCAUCACCACUUGGUCCUUCGCCCGUUCUCCCCGAUCGACCUGUCACGCCAAUCAACGAUGAAGAGAUCAUGGCACCACCUGCCAGCAGCGAUUCCGAAGAGGGAAACGAUGUUUGGCCAGAUAUCCAUACCCUAGCAAAACGACGACGGAGACCAUCCGUUGCCACACCACCUCGAGCCGACAACUUCUCAGACGUCUCUUCUCCCCCUUCGCUGACACACUCACCCAACUACGGCGAGACACGGGCAACCAAGACCAGAGGCAGGGCCGCCGCUCGGAGACAACCCUCUCCUAAGCUCACAACCGCCGAUCUCACCAACCUACUCCCGAAGCGCCGGUACAAGAAGCAGCGGGACCCCCUGGGACUGGAGAGCGAUGAGGAGUACGACACAUCAGAGAUGCCGCAUGGCGAGGAUGAGCUCUCGUAUGUGGAUAGCCGGACGACCCGGAGGAGACAAGCCAGUCGGCCAGGCUCACGGGGUGGACGCUCAGCGCAGGCCCCGAAGGGCAGGCAGGCAGCCUCCAACAAGUCCAAGGGGCGGAAUCAGCAGACCUACUCCCGGCGCUCGUCAGAUAAGGAGAAUGAGGGCGAGGAGCAAGGCAGUGACAACGAUGAGCACGACCGCAGCCAGUUCCAACCGCUCCCAGACGACACAUUCGAUGGUGACGGAAGCGGCGAGAGCUCGCACAUGCCGUCUGCGGAUGAGCUGAGACAGGCAGUCAAGAAGUUCAAGGAAGUGGACAGGUGGGAGCUCGACUAUGAGGAGGUUACGCAGAGCUCGUCACCGCCGGGUGCACGAUGA